AUGUCUCUGAAAUUGUACAAUGACCAAUCUGUUGAAUUGAUUGCCAAACAUCAACGAAUUGAACGAAGAUUAUCAAAUGUUUGGGGCAAACGAUCAUUGGAACGACGUCUAUCCUCAACAUGGGGUAAACGAGGUAUCAGCAGUAAUAGUGAUGAAAACGUACUGGAUGAUUUAUGUGAACAAUAUUUAUUAACAAGAAGAUUGCAAGAACCAGCGAGUCGUAAACAUGAAAUGCAACAUUUGAAUUCAGACGAAUCGAAUCCAGAAGUUCAUGAGUUGUACCGACAACCUAAUUAUCUCGAACAUACCGAUCAAGAACCAAAUGAAGAUACCAGUAUAGAUGAAACAAGAAAUUUAUCGUCGUGA